AUGGUAAUGGGAGUUGUCUUCCUCACUUGGACUAUAGCAGGGCUCCUGGGGAACUCCACUCUCCUUUGCCUUUACAGCUACACCCUGCUCACUGGACAGAAGGUGAGGCCCACAGACCCAAUUCACCACCAUCUAGUCUUUGCCAACAACUUGGUUGUUUUAUCCAGAGGGAUCCCCCAGACUAUGGCAGGCUUUGGAUGGAAGAACUUCCUGGAUGAUUCUGGAUGUAAAGUUGUAUUGUAUUUCUACAGAGUAGCCAGAGGGGUUUCUCUUAACACCACCUGCCUUCUGAGUGGCUUCCAGUUCACAAAACUUUGCACUCGAAGUUCUUGGAGGAGGAUCAGCACUAGAUUUCUCAAAUGCUUAGGUUUCUAUGGUUCCCUUUUCUGGAUCCUGCAGCUCCUGGUAAAUGGUUAUGUGCCUGUGAGAGUGAUUGGCCCAAGACAUAAACAAAAUGUCACUGUGCACAUGCGUUAUAGAUACUGCUCCUCAGUCCCACCACAACCAUUGGGAACUGUAUUACACGUAGUCUUAUUCUUUUCCAUUGAUGUUCUGUGCUUGGUUUUCAUGAUCUGGGCCAGUGUCUCCAUAGUUCUUGUCCUGCACAGACACAAGAAGAGGGUCCGACACAUUCACAAUCACAUUUCCUUCCAAAAAUCUGAUCACGAGGCGAGGGCCACAUGUACCAUCCUGACCCUGGUGAGCAUGUUCGUCUCCUUCUACUGCCUCUCUACCAUUUUCACUGUUUGUAUUAUUCUAAAUAAACUGCCUCGCUUAUGGCUGAUAGACAUGUUUGUGUUCCUGGAUGCUGGUUUCUCAGUACUGAGCCCCUUUGUGCUCAUCAGCAGAGACACCCGUGUCACGCAGGUUUUUUAUAUCUGCCCCCCAAAAAUGUUUUUGUAA